UGGGGACUGCACAUCUGGGCAGAUGUGAGACAAGAGACCGAGUGGGGCGAGCCCUUGCCCCUCAAAGGCUGCUUGGCCUGCGCCUAUUGCAUUUCUGAUGUCAUUGAUCACUGCAAAGGGGAUGAGAAGGACGCUGGGGGAGAGAUAGUGGAGAUCCGAGAUGAGGUGCCAGAUAUCUGGUUGCUGGACGGCAGCAAGACUGUGUACUUCCAGAAGCCUGAUCUGGCCAGCCUUCCUCGGGGCGACCUUUCCAAGAGCUUUGCCCACUGGGUGGAAGGGGGCAUUAUAGCAUGGAGGGUGCCACCAGUGGGUCCGAGCGACCAGCGCCGCAGCUUCAAGCUUCACAGCAGCCAAAAUGCAAGCCUGAGUCUGACAGGUGAGCAGCACACCUCUGGGAGCGAUAACAGUCUUUGUUGUAAAUAUCGAGAUUCAGCUUGUUUCCUGAGUAGCAUGUGGAUGAUACUAUUCUGUGCAAUAAUUGACGUGGUUGACUUGCUGAAGCACCAGCUCGUGGUCUCGGUUGCAGAGGCAGAUGGCACACCAGUAGACGCCACAGGCAUUCAGCUGCAAGGUGUACUCGACGAGCUGUGCUUUUAUGACGGUCCCCUUGGAGCGACUGUGACUAAGGAGGAUGUGCAGCUGACUGUGUGGGCCCCCACAGCACAGCAGGUGAUGGAGCUGCUGCUGUGGGAUGGUCCAAGAGGGGGGCAGGCACAAGUGCUGCCCAUGUCACCAGGCAAGGCAGGUUCCUGGACAGUUUCGGGGCCAUCUGCGUGGGUAGGCAAGUACUACAAGUAUCGCCUGAAGGUAUAUUCCCCUUGGUCAAGGGAAAUUGAAUUGCUGGAGGCAACCGACCCCUACUCCCGCAGCCUCGCUGCGGACGGCGCGCGAACACAGAUCAUGGAUCUGUCGCUGCCAGAUCUGGCGCCGGAGGGGUGGGCAACGGAUGCGUUCCCUCCAUCGAUCACCCCUACAGACAUCUCCGUGUAUGAGCUGCACAUCCGCGACUUCUCUGCAUCGGACUCCACAGUCCCCGAGCGCAUGCGCGGCAAGUAUGGCGCAUUUGCCUUGGAGGAAACAGCGGGGGUGAAGCAUCUGGCGGACCUACACUCAGCCGGCCUCACACAUGUUCACCUGCUGCCCUCCUAUGACUACGGGUCUGUGCCGGAGCGGGCCGAGGACCAGCAGACGCCAGAGGGGGAUCUGGCGUCCUACCCGUCGGACAGCCCCAAGCAGCAGGAGGCCGUGUGGGCAGUGGCUGCCACUGACGCCUACCAGUGGGGCUAUGACCCUGUCCACUACGGCGUUCCUGAGGGAAGCUAUGCCACCAACCCGGACGGGCCAACUCGUAUCCUCGAAUACAGGUGUAUGGUUCAGGGGCUGCACAGGCUGGGACUCAGAGUGGUGCUGGACGUGGUCUACAACCACACCUUCCACUCACUCAUGGACGGUGCCGACAGCCCGUACGCGGUGCUGGACAAGCUGGUGCCGGGGUACUACCACCGGCGGACCGAGGGCGGCGACAUCUGCGCGUCCUGCUGUUGCAACAACAUGGCCACCGAGCACGCCAUGGCCGAGCGCCUAGUCAUCGAUGACGUCACCCACUGGGCGCGCACCUACAAGGUGGACGGGUUCCGAUUCGACAUAAUGGGCCACCUGAUGGUGCCGAGCAUGCAGAAGAUCCAGGCCGCGCUCGGCGCGCUCACCCUCCAGGCUGACGGGGUGGAUGGCAGGGGAAUAUACAUCUACGGCGAGGCCUGGGACUUUGGCGAGGUGGCGUGCAACCAGCGCGGCCAGAAUGCGAGCCAGCUCAACAUCGGAGGCACAGGGCUGGGAUCAUUCAAUGACCGAUUUAGGGAUGCGUUGAUGGGAGGCAGCCCCUUUGCUUCCCCUCGCUACCAGGGGUUUGUCAGCGGCCUGCAGACCAGCUCCAACUCCUUCACGCAGGCGCGCACACCGCCCAUCCAGCUGUCGCUACUGUUAGAAUUCACAGACAUGCUGCGGCUGUCUUUGGCGGGCAACCUCAAGGACUACGAGAUUGUGGACGCUCGGGGGGUCACCGUGCGCGGGGACAAGCUCUUUUAUGGCAGCUCCCCUGCCGGAUAUGCCGUCAACCCCUGGGAGACUGUAAACUACGCCGCCUGCCACGACAAUGAGACCCUCUUCGAUCAGAUCAUGCUGAAGUCGGCGGAGGACGAGGGGAUUGACACGCGCGUACGGAGGUGCCAGCUGGCGAUGGCGCUGGUCGCGUUCUCGCAGGGCGUUGCCUUCUUCCACGCCGGAGAUGAGAUCCUGCGCUCCAAGAGCCUCGACCGUGACUCCUACAACUCAGGCGACUGGUUCAAUCGCCUGGACUUCAGCUACGCGACCAACAAUUUUGGGGUGGGGCUACCUCCUGCUGCCAAAAAUGAGGCUGCCUGGCCCAUCAAGCAGCCCCUGCUGGCCAACCACUCCUUCAAGCCCUCCUCCGAUCUCAUCAAGGCGUCCAAGGCGUACUUCGAGGAGCUGCUGCGGGUGCGCUACUCUUCACCGCUGUUCCGGCUGCCGACAGCCGACGCCAUAAAGCGCCAAGUGACCUUCCACAACACCGGGCCCGAGCAGGCGUGUACCUCUAGGAAUAUAGUAUUCAAGUCUAGGGUUCAGGGUGUGAAUUACCCUCGAAUGCUGCACCAUUGCUGCUGCGUCGCUGGCUACGGCAUGUAUAAACUCUGA